UGCAGAAAGAAAGCGACGGAGAUGAGUUCAGAGGGAGAUUCAGGCGAGAUGCCUUCGCCUCAGCCAUUGGAUGGUGGAUCUGACUCGGCUGCAUCCUUCUUCGCCGUUUGCUUCACAGUACGGAGUCAGUCACCGGGGAUGGUGGAUGGUGAAUGGGAGGCGUGAGAGGGUGUGGACGGAUGGAUGACGUCCAUUGUCUGCUGGUGUGUGGUGUGUGUGUGUGUGUGGUGUGUGUGUGAAUGAAGGCGAAUUGUCCGCAUGUGCUCCAGCAGGACUUCCUGUCCGCGGAGCUUCCUGCGCGAGUCGACGCCCAUGCCCCCUGCAUGGACUGUGGCGACAGGGGCGAGAACUGUAAGACAUCCCAGACACUGUGUCUGUGUGCACCACACAGCAUCCAUCCGUCGUGCCCUUUUCCUUUCUGUCUGUGUGUGUGUGUGUGUGUCUGACAGGGUUGUGUCUGAAGUGUUAUGGGGUGCGGUGUUCGAGGUAUCGCAACGGGUGCCAUCAGUAAGUAGGAAGGGCCGCAUCCUGCACACACGCAUCACGUGUUUGUUGCGUUGCUGUCUUUGCAGGGCUCACGUGCAGGCGUCCGGCCACCUCAUCGCCAAGAGCCUGGUAGACCUCUCCACGUGGUGCAACGGCUGCAGCGAGUACAUCAAGUCGCCCCUCCUAAGGCGCAUCAACGACAUGUGCUACGCGGCCAAAUUUGACGAGGUCAUUUGACGGACAGACAGACGGACGAAAGACGAGAAACACACACACUCAGACAGACAUGUCUCAUCGUGCGUGUUGUGCUCGGUGUGUCUGUGUCUGUGUCAGGCUGACCCAUUGUCGUCUGUAGGGGAGGAUGCUGCCCGUGGUGUUGGUGGCGGUGGCAGCGGCGGGAGCCCAUCGAGGCGCAACGGCGGGGCGACGGAGGAGGCCGGGGGAGAGAUCCUGAGGAACAUUGUUCGUGUGCAGAACGCCCCUGCUGACCGCGCCCCUCCGCAACCAUACAGCCUGAACGCCAUACUACGGUCGGUGGCCACAUUGUCGCCCAGCCCAUAUCGACAGACAUCUACACACCAAGAGCCUAUGCUAUGCGUGUGCAAUGACUGCGUGCAGGGACGCUGUGGUGACGGCUGCCAUGGGCACUGAAACUCCGUCUGUGGGCCGCCCCGCGAACGAGCGAGAGCUGCAGCUGGUCACGCAAGGCAUCUUUGGACAACCUCGGCCAACACCAGCCGUCAGGCCCACACCUAACCGCCCUCCCCCGCCCUCUCAGUCCAGCUCAGCAGCAGCUGCUGCUGCUGCAGCCAUCGAGUCGUCCCCCGAUGCGUGUGUCAUCUGCCGUGAGGAGCUCAGGGAGGGCGAGACGGUGGCCUACCUGCCUUGCUCAUGCCUGGCGGCCUACCACAGCGGGUGCAUUGAGAGUUAUCUGGUGCUGACGUCUCAGUGUCCGCUGUGCAGGGCGUCCCUCGCGUCGUUUCUGGGGGACGACGAGGGGGCGGAGACAGAGGGAGGGGAGGGAGGGGAAGUGGGACAUUGUGAUUAAAAGUGUGGGUGUGUCCCGGCGUUGUUCUUGCUGGUGUCUCUGGUGUCUGUGUGGAGGUGUGUGUAUUGUGAGGGUGGAUUGUGAGGGUGGACAGGACAGGACA